ACUGCUGUGGAAAAAUGAUGGCAAAAAUUGUCGUGGCUUGUACUGCCACGUGAAAACUAGUCUUUAAGCUACGUUCAGUGAAAAUUUUCAUCUAGUUCCUCUAGAGAGUAACUACUGUAAAAAUAUUAGUGAUAUUAUUAUCGUCGUUAACGUUGCUUAACCUGAAAGGAUUAAUAUUAGUAUAUAACUAGAUACUGUGAAAACGUGUUCGAUGUGUUUGACGUGAGUCAAGAGUAGAAAAAUAUUGGAUAACAAUGGCGGACGAAGAGCUUCCAGCGGGUUGGGAAAAGCGUUUAAGCAGGUCUACCGGACAGCACUAUUAUUUAAAUAUUUAUACUAAGGAAAGUCAGUGGGAUAGGCCAGACAAACCUGCCGACCCAUCUGGAAAUAAUAAAGGAGAUGGUCCCGAAGAAGUCCAAUGUUCUCAUUUAUUGGUAAAACAUUCAAGUUCUAGGCGGCCAUCUUCUUGGCGAGAAGAAAAUAUUACAAGAUCUAAGGAAGAAGCUCUUGAACUUAUUAAAUCUUACAGAGAACAAAUUGUAUCUGGAAAAGCAACGUUCGCCGAACUUGCUUCAAAAUAUAGCGAUUGUAGUUCGGCUAAACGAGGCGGGGACUUGGGACCAUUUAGUCGAGGUGCAAUGCAAAAGCCUUUUGAACAAGCAGCAUUUGCCCUUAAAGUCGGUGAAUUGUCUUCACCUGUGCAUACAGAUAGUGGUAUUCAUAUUAUCCAGCGAACAGCAUAAAGAAGCUUAAUUUCAAAUAAAGUAUUGAAUCCUUUGAAAAAAAUUCUUUGUUUUGCUGAUAUAUGUUUACAAAAAUAGAAACUUUUAAUACCCGUAUUAGAAAUCACGUACAGUUACUCAUACGAUGACAGGAUUUUUGUGUGCGAUCAAUAUGUAUGUAAAAAAACAUGAUUUUUUCUUAUAAUUUAACAUAAAAUUAUAUAUGUAUUUAUGUCUUCCAGCAGUCCUAGCCGAAGUGAUACGUUGCAAAUUGUUUAAUAAUUAAAAUUUUGUGUAUGGUAAAAAAUGGAUUUGCACAUAUAUAAAGUACAAUCACUUUCUAAGAGUAAUGCAAGACAAAACAGAUAAAUUAU